CCUAUUGUUAGUGUCGUGCGAACACCGUCUGGUAGAAAGAGUCAAACAAGUAUUACUCAUUGCCACCGACAUUCGGAUGCAUAUCUUCACGGUCGGGGGUGAUACUUGAACGCGAUGCAUCCUUUCACUGCCGGGGGUAUCCUUAUAUAUAGAAGUAUUCGAUCGAGACUCGCCUCGCAAUGACUUGAAGCUCGUGUCGAACAAUCAAGGACUCGACCGUGCCAAGUAAUCUUAGGAUGAUCGGGAUAAAUCAAACAAUCCGGUUCUCGAUGUUCGCCCUUCUAAUCGCCAUGGUCAUUGUUGGUUCAGGAGCGCACGAAGGAAGUGGCGGAAGCAGUAGUCUAGCGUACAGCAGCGCUUCGGCGUCCGCAAACGCAUACGCGGGUGCAGAUGCAAGCGCAUUCUCGUUGAGUAACGCAUUUACUGGAAUCGGAAGCCUACCUGCGGUUGAUGGGAGUCAUGACGGGCACAAAGGUAUUCGCAGUUACGACAACACUGGCUACAAUGGCAAUAAUCAGCCAAACAGUGGAGUCAAAGGAAAUCAGCGUGGUGGUUGUCCUAAGUGCAAGUGGGAAGAUGACGAUUACUGGGAAAAAGACGAGGAUGAAACUGAACCAGAAGAAGAAGACGAAGACGAUUGCGACGACGGGGACGAUGGACAGUAUAGAAAACACGAUCAUUAUCACGGACAGAAAAAUAAAGGAGGAUCGCCUCCGGGCGUACAGAAAUUAGGAGUGCUUAAUUCCAACGGUCAAGGACCACACACGGGAGUCAGCGCCACAUCAAAUGCUGCGAGCAGUGGAAGUGGCGUUCCAUUUGGAACAACGCCAGUUAAAGGAGGACGCCCUGAAACUGGGAGCUCGAGCUCAGGUUCACCAUGGAACAAAGCGUUCCCUGUAACCGGUCAGCAACCUGGAUCGGGAUGGAACACAGGCUCUGCAACUACGCCGAAACCCGCCUGGAACCAAGGGUUCGGUGGUUCACCUGGAACAGCUUCGCAUCCUUCUAACAGUUGGAAUUCUGGAAGUUUACCGAAUGCGGAUGUAUCGAGUCCUACCAGCGAUGGAAGCUGGAAUAGUGGUCCAAAAACAGGUUCUGCAUGCUCCGGCAAUUAUCAACACGGCACCGGCUGUGCUCAAGGUUCAAGCGGUGUUGGUCCUGUAAAACAAUCUCCAGUGCCAUUCUCUGGCAGCAAUCCUGCAAAUGUUCAGAAGCAAAGUCCUGUUCAUUCCACGGGUCCAACAGCAGUAUAUAAUCCUCAGGGAUCUCCAGCCGGAUGUUCCAGCAGUCCUUAUGAUGCCAGUUGUGCCGAUAAAUCUGUUGAUCAAACGAAACCACAUGACAGUCCCUUUGCAUCAUCCUAUGGGCCAAAUCCGACACAAGGCCAGUAUCCUGUAAGUGGAUCGCCUCAAAGCAGUCCUGCCGGUUCUCCGCGUGGUUCUCCAGCUGGACAAGGGCGAUAUCCGGGAAGUGGAUCGCCCCAAAGCAAUCUGCCCGGUUCUACAUACGGUUCGCCGGUGGGACAAGGCCAAUAUCCUACAAGCGGAUCGCCUCAAAGCAGUCCUUCCGGUCCUCCAUACGGCUCUCCGGCGGGACAAGGCCAAUAUCCUGCAAGCGGGACGCCUCAAAGCAGUCCUUCCAGUCCUUCGCUCGGUUCUCCUGCGGGACAAGGGCAAUAUCCUGGUAGUGGAUUGCCGAAAAGUAGUCCUUCCGGUUCUCCAUACGGUUCUCCCGCGGGACAAGGGCAAUAUCCUGGUAGUGGAUUACCGAAAAGUAGUCCUUCCGGUUCUCCAUACGGUUCUCCCGUAGGACAAGGCCAAUAUCCUACAAGCGGAUCGCCUCAAAGUAGUCCUUCGGGUUCUCCGCACGGUUCUCCCGCGGGACAAGGGCAAUAUCCUGCAAGUGGGACGCCUCAAAGCAGUCCUUCCAGUCCUUCGCUCGGUUCUCCUACGGGACAAGGGCAAUAUCCUGGUAGUGGAUUGCCGAAAAGUAGUCCUUCCGGUUCUCCAUACGGUUCUCCCGCGGGACAAGGGCAAUAUCCUGGUAGUGGAUUGCCGAAAAGUAGUCCUUCCGGUUCUCCAUACGGUUCUCCCGUAGGACAAGGCCAAUAUCCGGGAAGUGGAUCGCCUCAAAGCAGUCCUUCAAGUUCUCCGCACGGUUCUCCCGCGGGACAAGGACAAUAUCCUGGUAGUGGGUUGCCGAAAAGUAACACUGGGCAGGGUUCCGAUACGGGACCAUAUGGAGGAUCUCCAUGGAACUCUGGAAAUACAGCCAGACCGGGAAGCUUAGGAAAUUCAGUACAUUCGACAGGCCCUCAAAAUUCUAAUGCAAACGCUGUAGCUUCAAGCAUAGCGUACGCGGGAACUGGUGCGCCGACCGCUGGAAACGGUUUUGAUUCUAGUCAUCCUGCAAGCGGUCCAUCGACUUCCAAUCCCGUUUAUUCACACGGCAUUCCUUCUUAUGGGUCUCCAUCUGCGAAUACACAGACGCCUGGGUCUACAGUUUCUCCAAACGGAAACGUUCCUUACGGAACUCAAAAACCUAAUUACACUGGUGUUAAAGGAGGUUCUUCGGGUACAGCACCUAAACACGGUACUCCCAAAGACGGAGAUAGUAAGAUAUUUUAUGUGAACGUAAAUCCUGUACCAGGAAGCCCUGCAGGGGUUAAACCUCAUGCAUCUACGGGUGCACCUUACAGUGAUACCGGAAAAACACCACCUUCUUACCAACCUGCUCCUUAUAGGGGUACCGGAAGGACAAAGCCCUCUUAUCAGCCUACUCCUCAUGAUAAUAUCGGAACGGCAAAGCCUUCUUACCAACCUGCUCCUUAUGGGGGUACCGGAACGGCAAAACCUUCUUACCAACCUGCUCCUUAUGGGGGCACCGGAACGACAAAGCCCUCUUAUCAGCCUGCUCCUUAUGGGGGUACCGGAACGACAAAGCCCUCUUAUCAGCCUGCUCCUCAUGAUAAUACCGGAACGGCAAAGCCUUCUUACCAACCUGCUCCUUAUGGGGGUACCGGAACGGCAAAGCCUUCUUACCAACCUGCUCCUUAUGGGGGUACCGGAACGACAAAGCCCUCUUAUCAGCCUGCUCCUCAUGAUAAUAUCGGAACGGCAAAGCCUUCUUACCAACCUGCUCCUUAUGGGGGUGCCGGAACGACAAAGCCUUCUUACCAACCUGCUCCUUAUGGGGGUACCGGAACGACAAAGCCCUCUUAUCAGCCUGCUCCUCAUGAUAAUACCGGAACGGCAAAGCCUUCUUACCAACCUGCUCCCUAUGGGGGUACCGGAACGGCAAAGCCUUCUUACCAACCUGCUCCUUAUGGUGGCCCCAGCACAACAAAGCCUUCGCAUGAACUUAAUUCUUAUCCAUCGGGAGAAACAGAUAAGGGUUGCACAAAUGAAUCUCAAGGUUGUGGAAUUGGGAGCGGAUGCAGCAGUGGAAUAAGUCUGAAUGGAUCUCCAGAUUACAAGCCUUGUAGUCCAAACGAUCUUUCAGUAGGUGUUAAUAAGGCUUCUAAACCAUUAGGAGGUUUUGAGGCAAACCCAAAUGAUUUUUCGCAAAGUCCUCAACAAAUCACACCUGGAACUGGUCCGCAAGGUUGUACAUCUGGAACCAGCAACGGGUGUACCUCUGGACCAAGCAAUCCUUCAUACGUUUACAAGACUGAAACAAAGAAUAGAAUUCCUGGAGAAGGAGUAGGGUCGUAUCCGUCGAACCCUUUCUUAACUGGAAAGAUUCCUAGUUCUGGUGCUGGUGGUCCUCAGCUAACAGCUACUAGUAAGCCAGUCGGUUAUGGAAAUCCCUUCCUGCAAGGAACUGGUGCAGUCGCGGGAGCGGGAGCUUGGAGUCAUGCUGGUAUAGGAGUAGCAGCUAAUCCAGGCAGCGAUGGCAAGAACGUUGUUUCGAUCGGAGGACAGGCACCUAAGCCUAUUGGCAAAGAUAAUCCUUUCCUUAAUGGAUUAGGACACGGAAGGGGAGACAUCGGAAUUGACGCCACGCCUAAUUCAAUUCCUGGAGGGCCGUUUGCUCCAGACAGUAACAUGGGUAAUAGCGGACUGAGUCAAACGAACUUUGGCGAUAAAACACAAGGACAUUCCAAUCAUUACCCUGGCUCGAUUUGGAAUUCAGGUUCAACGAACGACGGAAGCUCAUCAGCCGUGAGAAAUCCAUCCACAACAAACCGUGGCUCGGGAAGCGGAGGAGGUGUUGGAGUCGGUCCGGGAGGAUUUGGAAAUGUUUUCGGUGGUGCACUUUCUGGAGCUUUUAGCAGUGCACAAGCUUCUUCACACGCCAAUUCUGGUUCUGGAGUUGCACCAGAUACGGGUUUCGGACAUGCAAACAGUGGAAGUUGGGCUUCCAGUGGAGCGUCGGCAGGAAGUCAAGCUGGAAGCAGUGCCUUGUCCUCCAGCGGUGCUUCCGCUUAUGCGAGUAGCAGUGCUAGCAGCUGGGCAGGUGCACAUCCCACUUUCGUGAAAGGCUAAGCAAUGGAAACGAACGAUAUUUCCAGGAGAAGAUAAAUUUCUAUCAUCCGCAAAUUACGUAAACUACUGUUUCACUCUGCUUCGUUUAUAUUUUUAUUCGUAAUUCGUUUUAUCUAUUCAUCUUUUAUAAUGCAAACAAAUCGAUGUACGAACAAAAUUACUGUUCUUUUUACACAUGCAAUUCUCUACACGCGCCUUGAUAAUUAGCCGGUAAUUAAUGUCGAUUCUUCGAAGAGAUUGUAUUCUUAUUAUGCGGCGAUUGUUCUCGAUUGGUGUUUAAUAGAUAAUGACGUAACUAACGAAUCAAAUAUGUUGUUAAAUAUAUUUAAUACAUGUGGUAAUGUAUCAAUAAAAAAAAUUAUUUUUCAUGAA